GCUGUCAUUUCGCAGGUUGAGAAGGACGGGGACGGCUCGUUGUGCGUUGUCUCGUCGAGGAAUUUUGGUGUUAUCCGGAUUUUCAUUGGCUUUACUGAGCCACCGUCAUCAGAACAGUGUAACGGUAGACAUAGUGCUCCCAACUAUACACGAAACGCGCAAGAAAAGCUCCAGACAAUAAGAUCUAAACCGUCUGGAAAACCAUCUAUGCACCUGCGGGUUCGCGUUCAAUGAGAAAUUCCCAUUCCCUUGCAAUUCCUACGACCCGCGACGUUGAAACGCAAUAAGAACGGCGACAACAGACAGAAAAGUUAAAACUCGGAUUGGCUGGAACGUGAACGCGGCGUGAAGGUGUUGCGCGAAAGGUGUCUGAUCGCUUGAGCGGGGCCAGUUGGCUCACCGCGGAAAGUUUUUCUCGUGUAACCGUUCGUGGUGUUACGUCGACAGAAUAUUGUGUGUCAAUCAAUUAUUGAAGGCGGUUGAACGGCGAGCAGACUCACGUGUCUACUCGCGGAUGGUCCGCGGGGCAUGACUGCUUGUUUGUACACAAGAAUCGUUUGUGUCUCGUACGGGCGACAGUGAAAAUUUACGGCUUUCCGUGUCCUGGCACGGUAUUGCGUUGCUGGCUAACAACUGACACCCCUGACAACCGGGUUCGCCGCGCACUACCCUCGGCAGCAAAGAAGUUAUUCCACGUCAAGGACGACGACUGGGAAACGCACUCCCACCCCGACCCAAUCCAACUGGAAUUGCGUGUGACUGCCUCGUACGCUUCCUUUGACUGGAACUCAUCAUGGCCAUCCUCACCUUAUUCUUGUGUUUCCUGUUCUCGGUCGUCAUGUUGGCCGGAAUAAACAAAUCGGUCGGCGUACGACGAGCCUACGUUAAACUCCUGUUGAAGAUUUUCGAGUAUGGUCGACAGAAUAUUGAAUCAGCUAAAAAACGUACACGUCCACAACAAGACGAUUCAGAUGAAGAUGAUGAUUCAAGCAAUUCACAAGAUGGACAGUCACAAAGUGAAUCAGGUGAAACCGAAUCACAAAAGAAGAAAUUAAUACCAAAUGGCAAUGGAUAUUUGCCAGAACAUCAUCAUUCCAAUGGAAAUACUUUAAUAUCUCGUGAUACGCUCAUCCUUCUGCCCAAUGGUGACACAAAAAAUAAAUCAGCUGCCAAAGAAAAUAAUGAAAAUAAAAAAGAAAAUUCAGAUGAUGAAACAAAGAAGGACGAAGAAAUCAGUUUCAAUCUAGCCAAAUGUCUAGAUUAUAUAAAAACUGGCGUCGAAGCGAUUAUUGAAGAUGAAGUCACAUCAAGAUUCGAGGCGGAAGAACUUAAGAAUUGGAACCUUCUAACACGGACAAAUCAAAAUUAUGAAUUCAUUUCCUGGCGACUUUCGGUCAUAUGGAUUUGUGGCUUUGUGAUACGUUACUUAAUUUUAAUGCCAAUUCGUGUGUUUAUAUGUUUCGUCGGUGUUUACACAUCCGUUGUUUCCAAUGCACUUGUUGCGUUGAUUCCAUUCCGUCGGAUUCGUAGGCCAUUAGCUGAGCUAGCCUACAUGAUGACUUUCCGGUUUCUAACCCGAUCACUAUCGGCCGUUAUUACUGUUCACAAUCCAGAAAAUAAGCCGAAAAAUUGUGGAUUUUGCGUAGCUAAUCAUACGACGCCUAUUGAUAUAGCGAUCCUAUCAACUGACUGUACAUUCUCGUUGGUAAUAUGGCUAACAAUUUGUACAGCCCUAGUUGGUUCUAUGCCUGAUGGAGAGAAAAAACGGCAAUGGGUUAAAGCCGUGAGUGGUCACUGUUUUAGCGUCUUAUCGAGUGCAAUUUCAGCCGUUAUCACGUAUCAUAAUAUGGAAAAUCGACCGAAGAAAGGGAUCUGCGUAGCAAAUCAUACUAGUCCAAUUGAUGUUCUAGUCCUCAUGUGUGACAAUACAUAUUCACUGAUCGGCCAAAGACAUGGAGGAUUCUUGGGGAUUCUCCAGCGUGCUCUGGGACGAGCAUCACCCCACAUUUGGUUCGAACGUGCUGAAGCCAAGGAUCGUCACGCUGUAGCGCAAAGAUUACGUCAACAUGUUUCCGAUCCAAAUAAUCCACCGAUUCUAAUUUUCCCAGAAGGAACAUGUAUUAACAAUACGUCUGUGAUGCAAUUCAAGAAAGGCAGCUUUGAAGUUGGAGGAGUGAUUUAUCCUGUAGCUAUAAAAUACGACCCGAGGUUCGGUGAUGCAUUCUGGAACAGCUCAAAAUAUUCAAUGAUGCAAUAUCUCUACAUGAUGAUGACCUCGUGGGCAAUUGUCUGUGAUGUAUGGUAUUUACCACCAAUGUAUCGUGGCGAGGAUGAAUCCGCUAUUGAUUUCGCAAAUCGGGUAAAAGCUGUUAUAGCAAAGCAGGGAGGGCUUGUCGAUCUUGAUUGGGAUGGCCAAUUGAAGCGAAUGAAGCCAAAGAAGGAAUGGAAGGAAAAACAACAAAUCGAGUUCACAAAAAGAUUAAAAGGAGAAUAAGUACUAGCCACUCAUAUAUACAUAUUUAUAAUACAAGUGUAUUGCAAAACAACAAUGAAAAUCAGCCAAUUCAAAAUUGACCCCGGCAAGCUUCCGGCUGAUGAAGAGCCCAUGAAAUCAAUUUAUCGUAAAACAUGUGUUAUCAUAGCAUAAAAAAAAUCAUAAUUUAGACUUAAAAUUUUCAGCCGACAUUUGUGAUUAGUUAGGAGACUUUUUGUAAAUACGUUUUUCCAGGCAAUAUUUGUUUUCCAAAUGUUUCUUUCUUUCUACUUAAUUGUAAGUGUGUAAGUUAAGUGAGCUCUUAAUGUUAAAUUUUAAUGAUAGUUUUCAGUUAAAGAGUACCAGAAGGAUGAGAAUGUGUAAAAAAUGUUUUCCAAGAAAUUUCCUAAACGUGCUCAGCUCAUUUCGCAUAUGGAACAACAUCCCUACAUAAACAAUGUUAAAAUAAUCUUAAUGCAUUUGUGUUCCAUUAAAGAAGCGAAGGAAAAACGAUCCUUUUUUCUAAGUCUAAUUUGUUA